AUGACUGAAAUAUCGAACCCUGAGCUUGAUAGCUCAAAUGACAACAAGAUUGGGGAGACUUCUCAUCAUGAGGACUCCGAUGAUUCUAAUACCUUUGAUAGUGACCAAGGAGAGGAGGAAGAAGAGGAAGAAGACUACGGUGCCUUCCAAGACUUCGAUGACUUCUCUGACAACCAAGAAAACAAUCAGAGUUUCGCUCUUUCCCCUUCAAGAGAACCAAAUGUUGAAGGGCUGACAAUGGGUGCCUCCAAUAUCGAGCUCACAGAAGACGGACCACCUCUCAUGUUCUUUGAAAAAUUCAAAGACUUACCCGAAGAAAUUCAAAUGAGCAUUUGGCACUUUAGUGCUCUUCAAAUCAGGCGCACCAUCGUUAUGGAUUUUUCAAAAGAUUUCUUCGACUUUCGAAAUUAUCCUUCUACGCCAGCUUUUAUGCAGGCAUGUCAGCAAGCACGAGAAUAUGGCAGAGACCAUUUCUAUGCUGUUAACGCGCAAGGAGUUCCGCAUAAUUUCACCGACCCUCGACAGAUUAACGAGCCUUAUUUCUAUGUCAAUCCCAUCAGCGACGACUUUAUCCUGAAAUUCGGAGAUGAGACAUCUUGUCCCUCGCCGACUUAUUGUCCCAUAGAGUUUAGUUCGGAGUAUUUGCAACAGGAAUUGAGGGCUGAGGAACGAAAGCUUAACAAAGAAGAAGAGCAUCUGGAAAGGACUCGUAAUAUGCUGGGAAGGAUUCGAGUGCCUCCUACUAUUGCACCUGCUUAUCUCGUAUGUGAUCCUGACGGAGAUCAUCCUGGAGGAUAUUAUCCUGGCGGACCCUGCCAGUGCGACCACACAUCAGGUGGAGGCGUUAUACCUCCUAGCUUUCCAUUCCCUGGAUUUAGAGGCGUAGCAAUUAGCGAUUUCCAAAUGCCUGGCGAGCCAGUUUUCCCUAUUUCGUUGGCACUUCCUCAAUUCUUCGACAACAUUCGAUCGGCUGGUAUCAACCUCUCACUUGAUGACCCAGCACUUGUCGGCUUUGAACAUAUGACCGCUGAGCAACUCCAACAAUGGGCCAAAGAGGAAGUUCAACGCAAAUUUGACAAUGUGUUCAAGAAAAUUAUGGAUCGUCUUCCUCAGCUCGAACAUUUAUUUGUGGUAGUGAGAGCAUAUGGAAGAAGUAAUCAGUGUAAAUCAGACCGGGGUCUCCCGCCGCGUGAGCUUGAGAAGAAGAAAUGGACGAUUGUGGGCAUGGAAAAGGGAAAAGCCAGAUGUAUGGGAUACAAAGAGUUCAAACAGUAUGAGAAUCAGGCGAAGGUUUGGUUAAUGCAUGAGAGAAUUGAUAGGGGAAUGCAGAUCAAUAGCAUCGAUUUUGGAUUGUAUGUUCAGACGAGUGUUUUGUGGGAGGUUUAG